ACGCAUUCAGUUUAUGCCAGCCGGAGAAAACAACCAGUUUUGCGUACGCGUAUAGCAGCAGCAUCGGAAAAGUGAGGUGGCUUUUCUUCACCGAAACGAACGCGCGGCACUCGGGCCACUUUUUGGUGUGCGGUGUCCUACGUAGAGGCGCGUAGUAAAUGUAUCUGCUUUUUGUUUGGCGUUCUUCUUCACCACACAAACCAAUCUCAUCGUUCGCAUUUGUUUGUUUAUCUGUGGCGCAUGUGAGUGUUUGAAUGUGUCGUCCCUCCCGCUCAUCGUAGGCAAAUAGUGCAGAAACGACGUACGUGUCACUACGUGUGCCGUGAUUAGCAGAGCGUAGCAGUUUGUCGCACAAGGAUCGGUUCACGGAAGCACGGGAAGCACAACAGUUCGGACACAACCACAGCAGAUCAGGCAGACACCAUGGCCGAGGUUGUGGAGGAAGUGAUCGCACAGAUCCAGGAAAAUCUGACCGCCACCGUUGAGGGGGCUGUCGAGGAAGGAGCCGCAACGAACGCAACCGGGAAAACGCCAUCAACGCCGGAAGGUAUGGCGCUAGCAUAUGGCACGCUGGUCGUGAUGGCCCUGCUGCCAAUCUUCUUCGGCUCACUGCGUUCCGUCAAGCAUCACAAGGAACAGUCGACGGCUUUUGCGAAAACGGGCGAAAAGCCGGACACGAUGUCCUCCAAGGACGCGAUGAUGUUCCCCAUCAUGGCAUCGUGCGCCCUGUUCGGGCUGUACAUGUUCUUCAAGAUCUUCUCGAAGGAAAACAUCAACUACCUGCUGACGGGCUACUUUUUCUUCCUCGGUGUGAUGGCCCUGUCGCAUCUGCUUAGCCCGGUCAUCAGCUCGCUGAUUCCGGCCUCCAUCCCGAAGAUUCCGUACCACCUGUCGUUCGUGCAGGGUCCGCAGGAGGGUGGCGAAAAGAAAAGCAAGGAAAAGAAGUACCUCAUCGAUUACCGGUUCACGACGCACGACGUGGUGUGUUUCAUCGUGGCACUCAUCAUUAGCGUGUGGUAUCUGGUGCAGAAGCACUGGAUCGCCAACAAUCUGCUCGGUCUGUCGUUUGCCGUGAAUGGGGUCGAGUUGCUGCACCUGAACAACAUCGCGACCGGAUGCAUUUUGCUGUGCGGUCUGUUUGUGUACGACAUCUUCUGGGUGUUUGGCACGAACGUGAUGGUUACGGUGGCGAAAUCGUUCGAGGCGCCCAUCAAGAUCGUGUUCCCCCAGGACCUUAUGACGAACGGGCUGUCGGCAUCGAACUUUGCCGUGCUCGGGCUGGGCGAUAUCGUCAUACCGGGCAUUUUCAUUGCGUUGCUGCUGCGCUUCGACAAUAGCUUGAAGCGUAAAAGCAAGACCUACUUCUACGCCACAUUCAUCGCGUACUUCGUCGGUCUCCUGGCAACGAUAUUCGUAAUGCACGUGUUCAAACACGCACAACCUGCGCUGCUGUACCUGGUGCCGGCCUGCUUAGGUACCCCGCUGCUGCUCGCGGUGCUCAAGGGUGAUCUGAAGAAACUGUUAGCAUACGAAGACCACCCGGAGGAGAAGCCGAAGGUGUCGAAAAAAGAAAACAACGCCAACGCGGAAAAAUCUACACCGCCCGCGAAAAAGGAAACGAAAGCAAAGAAGGAAGCGAAAAAGGCCAAGUAAACUCGAUCUCAACGUCCGGCAACCGCUCCAUCCUUCUUCUCUCCAAUUCUUUCUCCCUCUCUUCCCAACUCUUUGCUCGUCAAGGAUUGAUUGUGUGACCUUCUUUAGAUGCUAUAAGUAUCCUCUGUUAUAGUGCAAGUGAGAGUUAAGACCGUAAAAUCUACAAUCACCGUACAAGUUUGAAGAAAAACCAGCUCCAUUCGUAUACAAAUGCAACUUUUCAAACUUAUCGGAAGAAGAGGAAUUGCGUGUGCAAAGCCCGCAGCCUUUAGGACCAUUUUGUUAGACAUUUGAUGGGCUUUCUGUCCACCCUUUUGUGCAGUGAUUCUGGGAUGUAAAUUAUUACUAGUGUCGGUAUUUAGGUUUUGUUUCAUUUAUCUACGCGACACCUAUUACCACUACUACUGCCCGGCAGCAGCAAUAGUUCGUGUGCAAUAACAAUAAAACGCCAACAGCACAAACUUACUAAGUUACUUACACGGGCGCGUUUCUAGCAAGCGAUAAAGUUUUCCACAGUACACAGACAUACAGCCAGCUCGGAGGCGGAGGAACCUAUUUGACUGAAAAUCCUAUAUUAUUUGACUGAGAAGUGAACCGUCGAAUUGAAACAACAAUCCCCCCACAUGGGAGGAGUGGAUGAAAACUGGCAUCCAAAUUCGAUUGGCGAAGUCGUGCUAGAAAAAAAAAAUCAUAGGCAAAUUUUGAUACAGCGCCACUAGGAGACCGGGGGUGGGCCAAAUGGGAAUGCCCACCCCACCAGCAGUGCAGCAGUGGGAUGUAAAAUACUAUAAAUGUAAAUUGAGGGCAGCGCAACCUCUGGAGGAAACAUUCACAAUUUGCGGUUCCAAUAAAGUAUUUUAAUCUCUCGGAGGAUGCUUUGUGAA